AUGAUCUAUGUGGAUGGCUAUAUGUAUUUAAAUGCACAACUCAAGUUCCCAACAACAACAGAACCAUUCACAUCCUGCAAAGUAGGGGCAGCAAAUCAGAGGUCGACCAUUGAUCUCCUGCUUGACAUGAACCCAGUCUCCCCAACAAUCCCUGAACGCAAAAAAAGUUCCCCUCUCAAGUUCUUCAACUUCAACUCUUCUCCAAAAUCCAACUGCCAGUCUGGGGUCACAACUUUACCUGGAGGAACCCAGGAUGAUAUUUGGGGUCAGCCGAUUGCGUUAAUGGGUCAGUUGGGCUCAGUAUGCGUGUUUUAUGAAGCUUUACAGCCAACUGAAAUCAAGUGUCUUAAUUCAUUUGGUCCGAACUAUUCCAAUCUUUUAACUGAAGAUGGGGAACUUUCUGACCUACCUGGAAAGUUACUACUUUACUACAAUGCCAAGGCUUGUAAAGAUGGCUUCUGUACAGAUUUAUCAAACAACCAAAACCACGGCCAGCUUCAUGGUUUCAAGUGUGUCACGUGGGACAUAAAGGAUUUGCUGAGUUGUGUUGGAGGGAUUCCGAUACUGUUUCCAUUGCUGGAAUUGGUAGACAAAUGCCAACCAAUUCUCAAUGAAAGUGCGGACAUAACACCUCUGUGUGAGCGUAAGCCAAUGAUUUCCAAUGACACAACAGAACUUGAAGAAGACUGGAUUGUAGUUCAGAGUGCUUCGUCUGCAGAAUCCAAAUUAGAACAGAAUCAAGUGGCAGCAUUUUUGACGUUGCUGAGGAACAUGCUACAGACCAAAGUUACAAACCAAGAUUGCUUUAUUCGAACACAUAGUGCUGCUACAAUUGGCGCUUUACUACAGAAGGUAUGUAUCUACAGACUCACUCUCUUCAGCACGGUUUCUAUUCAAGCAUCGCAUUUCAGCAGUUAA